AUAUUAAUGGGUAACUGCAGUUCGUUUCCUUGUGCAAAUGGAAAAGAAGAUACUAGCUCCGAAGAAAUAAGAUUUGAUAGAAGGAAACAUUCUAAAAUUGAGAAAGGUAAAACAAAGAGCAAGCUCUGCUCUCAAUGUAAUCAGCUUACAAACAAGUACGAGAAAUUAUCUUGCUGAAAACAGAUUGUCUGUAAGAAUAGCAAAUGAUACAGAAGCAAGUCUAAUGGGUGUCCUAAUGGAUGCUCUCCUAGAAAGAAAUCACGAAAUUCACCAACAGAUGUAGUACAAACAGACCACUGAGAGCAUACCGACUUUAUUUGUUCCCAGUGUGAUGAGAUUUUGAAAAGAAAAGAGAUUCACCAGCACUACCAUGUCGAAGGAGCAGACUACAACUGCGUUGAUUGAGAUGAGCUCGAAAAAGAAUAUUCAAUUUCUCCAUCAUCCAAAAGAGGUGGUUUACAACAGAGCAAAUCGAAACUUCCGCUUUUAGCCCUCGGAUCUGCGAGAUAUAAUGGAGAAUCUGCACUUGAUGAUGAAUCAAGAAGGAUUCUGAUGUCAAAGACAAAAUCUUGGGCAAACGUUAAGUAGAUAAGUAGUAUGAUAUAUAUUAACCUAAGUUCUUAAAU